AUGAUGACAUCUUUUGCUCUCCUUUGUCUAUCAAUUGCUAUAAUUGAAUGUAUGGCAGGAAUUCUGGGAAAUGGAAUUAUCUUGGCUGCCAGUUCAUUGAGCUGCCUUGGGAGCAAAACAUGGCCCCCAUAUGAUAUGAUCAUGAUCUCGCUGAGUUCAUCUAAAAUUACAUUGCAAUGCUGGAUUAUACUGGAUUUAUUCUUAACUAUAUUUUGUGAACCCUCCUAUUUUGAAGAAAAUAUAUUUGGAGUUAUCAGGACAGGCUAUAUGUUUCUGAACUACUCCAGCCUCUGGUUUGGAGCCUGGCUUAGUGUCUUCUAUUGCAUCAAGGUUGCCAGUUUUACACAGUCUUUCUUCAUCUGGCUGAAGCUGAGAAUUGCCAGGCUGAUGCCCUGGAUGCUGCUCACAUCAUGGCUCUGCUCCUUCAUAACUGCAUCUGCCUUUGUCUGGGAUGUCUACAGUGUGCACGAGAACAUCACUGCUCCUUCAUCCAUGACAAACUCUUCAGCAUGGACAACCACAAGGAAAGACAGCUCUGGUUUAUUAAUUCUUCUUUAUAAUGCUGGUGUAGCUCUGCCUUUAAUACUGUCUGUUGUUUCAAGUGUACUGCUGAUUCGGUCUCUGUGGAUCCACACCAGACGCAUGCAAAAUAAUGCAAGUGGCUUCAGGGAUCCCAGUUUAGAGGCCCAUAUGAAAGCCAUCAAGUCAGUCUGCUCCUUACUUAUCUUUUAUGUUACAUAUUUCAUAGCUUUCACUUUUCUUUUAUACAAUUUGUUUUUACGUUUUAGCACCCCAAAAUCCAUAUGUAUAGCUGUAAUGGCUGCCUGCCCUACAGCACACACAUUGGUCCUAAUUUGGAGCAAUCCCAAAUUUCAAGAGCUGCCAGCUCGGAUUUGGCACCACAUCAACUGUUCUGUCAGAAUUGCAUCCAUGUAA